AUGCCGGAGGUCAUAUCCCCCUCUCCUCAAAGGGUCAUGCCAGAAGUCCCGGAGAACAUGCAAGAUAAUAUCGCGCACCUCGAACACGAGGCCCGAAACCCCCACCACAGCCAGUAUGAUCGUUCGCGUUACCCUGAACGAACUACUUCUGCGGUCGCUCAGGGACAGGCUUCUCCAACCGCCGCCUACGAUUCCGCUCGUUUUGAGCAAGCCGCUGUCCACGACACUAUGGACGCCCCCAACUUUUCGCCAUUCCCAGUCCUGCGCAAUCCCCCACCUAACGUUCCCCCGACCGAUGAGCAGAGGGAGGUAAACUUGGAGAGGGCCCGCAUGGCCGUGCUGUCGUCAAAUGAUCCUGAUAUGCAGUUAGCCUGGGCGCAGGAUGCGCUCGCCUAUGUGGAAGUUGCCAUGCAAAAUGAAGCUCGUCUGUCGUUGAUCCAGCCCCCACGCCCUCAGACCCCUCCGGCCGAGCGGCAGUUGAAACUCGAUGCGAUGAAUAUCGUCAACUUCCUCGCGGAGCAAUAUCAUCCCAAGGCAGAGUUCAUCAAGGGAAUGUGGCUGGAGUUUGGCAAGUUCGGAUACCGCGUGGACAAGAAGGAAGCUUUCCGUGCCUAUUCGAGAGCUGCGGAGAAGGGCUACGCCAGAGCCGAGUAUCGUAUCGGCAUGCAGUUUGAGAGUUCGGGAGAGCCAGAGAAGGCUAUCAAACAUUACGAGAAGGGAGUUGCGCUCGCAGACUCGGCUUCAUUCUAUCGCCUGGGAAUGAUGAUCCUUCUUGGACAGCAUGGACAACGCCAAGACUAUCAAAUGGGUCUCAACUAUAUCAGCCUUGCUGCGCAAUCCUGCGACGAAAAUGCGCCUCAGGGAGCUUACGUUUACGGUAUGCUUUUGGCACGAGAGCUGCCGCAGGUAAACGUUCCAGAGCAGUUCUUGCCGCUGGAUCUGAAUGCUGCUCGCGUCAACAUCGAGAAGGCCGCUUACCAUGGGUUCGCUAAGGCCCAAGUCAAGAUGGGUGCGGCUUAUGAACUAUGCCAACUUAGCUGUGACUUUAACCCUGCAUUGUCCUUGCACUACAACGCGCUGGCUGCACGCCAAGGCGAGCCCGAAGCGGAGAUGGCUAUCAGCAAAUGGUUCCUCUGCGGCCAUGAGGGGGUCUUCGAAAAGAACGAUGAAUUGGCGUUUAUGUAUGCUCAACGUGCAGCCCAAAGUGGAUUCCCCACCGCUGAAUUCGCCUUGGGAUAUUUCUACGAAGUCGGUAUCUUCGUUCCGGUGGAUAUCAAAGAAGCCAGGAGCUGGUAUGCCAAGGCUGCAGCAAAUGGAAACAAAGACGCGACCGGCCGGAUCGAUAGUAUCUCGCGCUCCAAGACCCUAUCGAGGAAGGAUCACGAACAGGUUGCGAUUGCCCGGAUCAAGUCGACUCGCUAUGGCAAUGGCCCGCGAGGGCCCCCGUUAAAGCCGCCUCAGGAGAAUCUCGAAAUGCCUGAUCCCUCCAGAAUGACUCUGUCAGAUAACCCACCCGCCGCGCCUGCUCCCUAUCCUGACAGACCGGGAUCUCGUGCUCGACCUGUGUAUCCGCCGGGAUAUCCUAUGGGUGCGGACCCCCGGCCAAGUUCUGCCUUUGGAAUCAACCCAAACAUUCGGUCGAACGCGCCGAACAACAACCGCGCUGCAUCGUACGGGCCUAGCGCCAUGGGAUACCGCUCACCAGGCCCCAGUACGCCUUCAACGACUAGCCCGACAAGCCCAGCGUCGGCGGCACCUAAGCUCGAUAUUGGCUACUCAGCACCCCUCGAGAAUCCUCAUCCCGAUGCUCGCAGACGUCCUCAGCGACUGGACAACAUGCCUCCGCCAGACAGGAGACCUGUGCGGGGUCCUGCUUCCCCCCAUUCCCAGGGUGGACCGACGGGCUCUCCUAGGCCGCCAGCCUCGCCUUCCACCGCGUAUCCCCCGCGGACUGAAUCCAUGCCGCCGCCUGGUGCUGCAGCGACCCCCCGGCCCUCGUCUUCGUCUGCUUCCACACCUAAGCCUCCUCCCUCAAGUUCGACUCCCAAGCCUCCCUCUACGGCUUCAAGCACAUCUAGCCAAAAACCUGCAUCCGCUAAACAGCAUGGUAACUUGCCAGGCAAGGGCCCCAAGACAUUUGAGGAGAUGGGUGUUCCGACAGUCCAGAAAGACAACGAUUGCGUAUGUAACCUCCUUGAAGGACGCUAUCAUCAAGCUAACUAUGCGCAGAUCGUCAUGUGA